AUGAGUGCCGAAGAGGCCUCUACGGUAUCAACCACAUCACUUUUGGCAGAGCAACGAACUUUGUUAGAAAGCAGCACGAGCACCAACGCUGAUGUCGUUGCUCAUGUUCAGCACACAUCAAACAUCGUGAGUAGGGCGAAGCGCAGAGCCUGGCGUGAACAACAGCGUCUGCAUCGCAUCCAUGGUCGAUUAACUGACAUUAGUUUAAACGACAUAGCUGCCGUUCGAGGCGGAAAGUGUGAUUUUUUCAUUGAAAACACGAUAGCUUGUAUUCGCGGUUCAUGUUCCCAGUUUGACGCCAGAGGAGGGAGAACUAAGAAGUUGAUGCCACCGCAGACGCAUGACUGUUGUCAAACGUUCUCCACCAUUGCCGCUGUCAUUCUUUCCUCAUUGGGAUUGGCAGUGACUAUGCAAGAGUGCAGUGGUGUUUCAACUGUAAACUAUUUGUUGUAUAUUUCGGCCUGGCUGCAUCAACUUUCGGCCCCGCUUUGGCCGCAACGACGAGCACGACCCACCGUUGGUGAUCUUAACACAGCUCUUAGACUUCACGAGUUCUUCCCUAGUCGAGUUAAUGAAGGGGAGUUUGAAGUUCUUUUUUAUAAUCAACGAGAUCGAGCGAAGGAACUCGUAGAUCAGUUGUGCCGCACAGUAAGGCGUAACAGAGAUGCCGAUAGUUCCUUACCGGUGUGUGGUUACAUCAUCGCCUCAGGCGACUACACGGUAUCCAUUUUCUCGCUGGCACAUGAUGUAAAGGGACGCCCCCAUGCACGCUAUAGUGAGGCGUGGAGUCUGUACAUCUGCGACUCCCACGGUACACAACCUUGGUCUUGCGGCAAGGCCUGUCUGACUGGCAUCACAGUUGGAGUAUUAAAGGCGGGUGUCGAAGUCAGCAACGGCGUGGUGGCAAAGGAGGAAGGGCUGCGGUAUUUCGCCAUGAUCCUUUUUGCUCUUCUGGAGGACCAUCGAAUAAAGACAACUAGUUCACAGCAGGUCCCGUACAUGACAUGGUCUCCCAUUAGGCGUCCAAGGGCAAUUCUUUGUACAGCACAGGAGCUAGUACGUGUUAUUGACGAUGGCUGGAUUCCCUUCCUAAUGAAGAACCCUGUAAUUGCACGGGAGGCCAAAAAGUAUGGAUUUGCUCCGUUGAAGUGUUUCAUGGGGCUUUCAGCCUCCAAACCUGUGGCGGCUAACGGCGCGAUGGAAUAA